GGUUUUGAAAAUUUUAAAUAGAAAAAAUCGGUUAACAAGUGUUAUUAAUUUCGCGUUUUUAUAAUAUAAGAAUUAAAAUAAGGAUAAAAUCAAAAAUUUUAAAUAAAAAAAAUCUUGCGUUUAAGGUUCAGUCAUUCAAAUAUUAAAUGGCCAUUAUGUAAAAGACGGAAUGAAAUUCUUAUGAAAACCAAAAAAAAUUUAAAAUUUAAAUUAAAAUUGAAGUUAAAAGCUCCACAUAUGUAAAUGACAAAGGAGUAAAGUAAGAAAGAGAAAAUUAAUUUCAAAAUAUUUAAGAAAUCAAAAUUAUUUGAGUGUAUUUACACACAUAUAAAUAUAAAGCAAAUUAAAGAACAGAUUGACAGCAAUGGAUUUUGAUAGAAUUCUAGAAAAAUGUGGUGAUUUUCAUCGUUAUCAAUUUUUAUUAUUAGGAUUAUACGGCCUAAUUAAUUUAUUAGUAUCAAUGCAUUAUUUUACACAGACAAUAAUUAGUUUUGUUCCAGAACAUUGGUGUUAUCACGAGAAACUUGAAAAUAAAACAUUUGAUGAAAUUCGGGGUAUAUACGCUAAUUUUGAUCAACCUUCCUGUAUAAGGUUUGAUGAUUUAAAUCGAACUCAUGUAGUUAUAAGCAAAAAAACUUGUGAUCGUUGGAUAUAUAAUUAUGAUUAUGGAUAUAAAAGUAUGAAUACAGAGAUGAACUGGGUCUGUGAUUCAGCAUAUAAAGCUCGUAUAGGUCAAUCGCUAUUUUUCAUUGGCUCUGUCAUAGGAACCAUAAUAUAUGGUCUUCUUUCGGAUAGAAUAGGUAGAUUACCGGCAUUAAUUAUAUCAAAUUUAUCUGGAUUCAUUGGUGAUUUCUCAACAAUAUUUACCAGAGAUGUUAUAUCAUUUUCCAUAUGUCGUUUUAUAUCUGGAUUAGCUGCUGAUACAAACUUUUAUUUAAUGUAUAUAAUAGUUUUAGAAUAUAUACGACCAUCAAUGCGUACCUUAGGUUUAAAUUUAGGCACUGGUUUAUUUUAUUGUUUAGGAUUGGUAUUUACUCCAUGGCUGGCGGUGGCAUUAGGAGAUUGGAAAUAUUAUUUAGCGUCAACAUCAAUUCCUUUACUUUCAGUUACCUUAUUUUAUUUUGUAAUUAAUGAAAGUGCUCAGUGGUUAGUAACAUGCAAUGAUGUUGAUGGUGCCAUACAUAGAUUAAAAAAAGUAGCUAAAUUUAAUGGGAAAACUGUAACAGAGGAAGAUUUUGAAGAAUUUCGUAGUUAUUGCGAAAAGCAACGUUCUCUUCAACAAAAAACUGUGGAACAGAAUAAAGAUACGAUUUUAGAUAUGUUUAAAACUCCAAGAAUGCGCAAACAUACCACAAUAUUAUUUUUUAAGUCUAUGGUGAUAACAUUAUGUUACGAUGCAGUGUCACGUAAUAUUGAAGGAAUGGGAAUUUCUCCAUUCACUAUGUUUUCGUUAAGUUCGUUAUCUGUUCUGCCAGCCAGUGUUAUUCUAAUAUUUUUACAAGAUCGUAUUGGUCGGAAGGGUAUGGCAGCAUCGUCGUUGCUUGUAGGCGGAAUAUUUACAGCAAUUGCUGGUGUUACAAUUGCUUAUCAAAAGAAAAAUCAUAAUGUACCAUUGUUGGUAACUUUACAAAUUAUAUCACGUUUCGGUGUUGCCAUAUCAUACGAAUCUGGUGCUCAAUAUGCCACUGAAUUAAUACCAACAUGUGUUCGUGGACAAGGAGUUGCAGCCGUUCACGUUGCUGGCUUUGCGGCAUCAGCUUUAAGUCCAUAUAUAUUAUAUUUAGGAACAUACUUUAAAGCUUUACCAUCAAUUAUAUUGGGAGUUCUUUUCUUUUUAGGAGCUUUUGUAUGUUUACUUUUACCAGAAACGUUACAUAGAACUUUACCAAAGACGGUUGAAGAAGGUGAAGAAUUUGGAAAAGGUGAAAGAAUGUUUGAUUUCCCAUGUAUACCUUCCAAAAAGAAUGAAAAAAAUAAAGAUGAAAUACAUGCAAGUAAUGGUGAUAUAAAUGUAACUCGACUAUAAAGACUAAUAUCGCAAUGAAUAUGAAUCUUCCACUGAAAAUUGAAAUAGAAAUUAGAUAAAAAUAAAACAAAUAAACUCAUAUAGUUAGCUCUUUAUAAUAUGUACUAAAAAACUAAGUCGUUGUACCUCAUCUUAAAAACAAAACAAACAAAGAGGAAAUAUUUAAAUUUACUGAAUUUAUUUCACUUACCUUAGUAUUUUCAAAACAAUUUUUUAUUACAAACAAUCCUAAUAUAUAUGUGUAUAUAAUCCUAUAUAUCUGUAUAAAGGAACAGUAUAAAAGUAUAUAGGCUCAUUUAGCUAAAUUAGUAUUAUGCGUCUCAUUUAGAAAAUAAUGUGCAACUUAAACAAACAUUUUCCUUAAAUCUUCUUUAAAGUUAAACUUGGUACUAAUAUUAUUACUGUGUUUUAAUUGAUACUAAAUUUGAUUUUUUUUUUAAUAAUUCAAAUGAUUCUCCAACAUAUUAAAUAUUCUUGUAAAUAAUAGAAAUAUAAUUAAUUUUUAUAUUUUUAACAAGUCCCUAUUUUUUAAUG